AUGGCCUCCUUAAACCUGUCCAUCAAUGGGCCCUCCAUCAAGAGUAGCUAUCAGGGCGUCGUCAACGGCCCUGCGCCAUCUUCAGCAUCUUCCACCUACGCCCUCUGGGCCCUUUUUUCCGUCCAGGCGCCUCUUCUGAAUGCCUUCCAAGACUCUGGGGCAAAGGAGAGCAUCCUGAAGGUCGAAAGCACUGGCGAUGGUGAGCUUUCUGACCUGAUCGAGGAUUUCAACGAAGGCCGCAUUCAAUUCGCCUUCGUCAAAGUCAAGGACCCCAACAGUGGACUCCCCAAAAACCCACUUGCCGCCGUCUCCAAGAUCCUUCACGGCUACCACGUUCAGAUAACAGCACGCUCCGACGGAGAUCUUUCUCCCGAGUCCAUUGUGCAAAAGGUCGCUGAUGCAUCAGGCGCCAAGUAUACUGCCGGCGGUUCGGCACCCGUGUCAGCCGCUGCCCCGCCUCCCGUUGCCAAGAAGCCCGUGUUUACCCCGACUACCUCUACAUCCGCCGGCUCCUUCAACCCUAUUGUUGCGGCGCGGACCCGGAAUCGUGGGGGCGAGGACGAGGACGGCUGGGGUGCCGAUGCUCCGCCAGUCACUCGAACCCAGCUGGAGAAGGUGGCGUCUGCCUACCAGCCGACCAAGGUCAACAUUGCCGAACUCAGGAAGAACAAAGAUGACUCGCGUUCUGAGGGAAUCCAAAAGCAAGAUGACCGGCCGGAGGACAUUGUCAAGGGUGGCUACCAGCCCAUUGGAAAGGUUGAUAUUGCUGCUCUCCGCGCCCAAGCAAAGAAGACCCAAGAUGAUCGGCCUGCCACUGUGAAGGGAGCAUACGAACCGGUGGGCAAGGUUGAUAUCGCUGCCAUUCGCGCAAAGGCUCAACAACGUCCCGCUGAACCCGAAGAAUCGGAGACACCCAAGAGCCUGGCAGAGAGGACUGCCGCAUUCACGCAAGCAGAACGCUUGACCGAACUUCCCAAGCCCAAGGUUGCCAAGAAGUUUGUGGGCAGCGCUGCAUUUACCGGCACCAAAGCUCCUACGCCGGUUCCUCUCGGUUACGGCUUGCCUGCGGUUCCCGCCGUGCCUCCUGUUGGGGCUGCUAGCAGAACUUUUGCUGACCAGGGAGGCAAGACGCCGGCCCAAAUCUGGGCCGAGAAAAAGGCCAAGCAAGGCGGGGCAGUUGCACCCGUGUCCACGCCCUCUGCCACCGCUGCCCCUAUUGCUGCCCAGAAGAGUGGGAGCGAAUGGAAGAGCGGUUAUGCUGGGAAGAGCUGGGCGGUGCAGGCACCCAAUUACAGCCGAGGUGGUGUUGAAACACACACCACCGGAGGCAGCGCCUCGCAAGAGAAAUCGGAGCCUGAAGCGCCUGCCUCGCCGGCUGGCGGCAUAUCCGCCCUGCGCGAUAGAUUCAAGGAUACAGCACCCAUGGCGGCCAACACGAAUUCACGGUCCGCACCAAGUGUGCCUUCUCCUGUCCUCGCCUCUGGCGAGGAAGAGCAUGCUCCGCCGCCCCUGCCAACCGGAAGCCGUCCUUCCGGCGGCUUUGCUCUCCCUGGCUUGCCAUCCCGGCCUCCUGUUGCUGACGCCGAGGAAGAGAACGAUGAAAGAGAGCUGGAAGAAGAAGUCCGUGCACACGAAGAAGAGCCUUCCUCACCUGUCCGCAUCGCAGUCCCAGUUGCUCGGAGCGCAGUGCCUGAGGUGGAGCCAGCGGGCAGCCUGCCACCCCGUCCGGUGCCCGUUCCGCAGGAACUACCGAGAGAAGAGGACCUCCCCGUGGAGGAGGAUAGUCACGAUCCGCGUGCUGCCGCCCUGAAUGUUGCUAGCGAAUCUCUCGGUCACGAUGUCGAGGCUCAGCAGGCUGGUUCAGACGGCGGCAAGCGUGCUUUGGUACAGUAUGACUACGAGAAGGCCGAGGACAAUGAGAUUGAUCUCCGGGAAGGUGAGUAUGUCACCAACAUUCAGAUGGUGGAUGACGACUGGUGGAUGGGAACCAACGCGCAAGGGGAGAGUGGACUCUUCCCUAGCAACUACGUGGAAGUAGUGGAAGACGAUGAGCCUGCUGCUGCUUCCAGUGCGGCCCCAACAGCAGCAGCAACUCAAGCUCCUGCUGUACCUUCGCAGGCCGGAGCGGGAGCAGCCGCAACUCCGGCCGGUCAAGUCGCUGGUCCAACAGCGACGGCGCAGUUUGAUUACGAGGCUGCGGAAGAUAAUGAGUUGAGCUUCCCCGAAGGAGCUACGAUUACGGGUUUGGAGUUUCCCGAUGAUGACUGGUGGUUUGGCCACUACAAUGGAGCGUCAGGUCUCUUCCCCGCCAACUAUGUUGAGCUUGACGCGUAA